ACGUGAAGCCAUAAAGGAGCUUGAUUCUCGUAACUUGCAAUAAGGAUGACAUCGUCAAUGUCGACAGCUGCGUCUUCGUCGAAAGUGACUUCGUCGAUGACGCUUCCAAAUGAACUCUGGCUUCCAAUUUUCGAAUAUCUGCCUUCGCGGUCGCUUCGUAACGUUGUCUUGACCUCGAAGAAAUUUCAUGCAGUCGCCAUCCGUCUUCUUUACAAGCAUCUAAUUCUGACGUCCCCGACAUCAUUUGUAACGGCUCGCUCCGUGUUAUCUUCCAUCCAGCCUUCACCGCACGCUCUUCUUCUUAGUAUUUCCCCAUUCGCACGCAACGUAGAGCAACUACAAGAAGCUGUCGCUGUCGUUUCCUUUGACGGGUUGAAACCAAUUACUGUCAACGUUAAUGACAAUCGCCAAUCAACCAGGUCUCUUUUCUCUGAAAUCAAGGAUGCCUACCGACCAAGCCUGGUUGCGGAUACAACCCUCUACAACACUCUCCUAUCACAAGUGACUUCAUUUACCUUUCUCAGACAGCUUGCAAUUUCCACUCCCAUUGUACACGACUUUCCGCACUUGCGCGAUUUGGCGGUCGUGCACUGCACCGUUCCCUUCGUCCGUGCCCCUCCAGAUAUUGACCACACUUCCCUGAAAAUCGAAACUCUCACCCUCCUUGACAUUCGCGCUACUUCUCGAUCCGAUGAUGACGACAUGAAUCUUCCCCGUACCCGUCUACGCCUGCUUGCAAAAGCCUCCACCCUCCGCACUCUCACAUAUGAUCAUACCGUCUGGGUACACCGCGCUUUCACAUCUUCCUCCCCAUCUCCCCCGCUCACUGCUCUCGACGUCAAGUUCCCCGUCCAGAAAGACCGUCCCAGAGUUCCGCUGGGCUUCAUCCCGUUCCUCGAGACUCUUUCCUCCCUCCGCACUCUUAUCCUGCGAAACCACGUACCCGCACUCUCAUUGUCGUCGAGCGCUCUUCCAGCCCUCUGUGCUAUUUCUGCCCCUUUCUCUACCAUCACUUCUCUCUGUUCCGGCCGUAGCAUUGUUAAACUCGACAUCCGCGAUGAGGCUGUGCUUACGCCACUUUACAAGGCAUUUGCAGAAGUGCAUUCCGACUUGUCGAUGGUGCAAGAGCUUUCGCUAUUCGUAGGGGACUGGGACGACGAACUCAUGCUGGCCAUCGUCGCACAUUUUCCCAAUUUAACCAAGUUACAAGUCAGGUAUGCAAGAGGAGGGCCAAGUGAGGACACCAUCAUCGGUAUGGGUUCACGUACACUGUACACUCUUCCACACCUCGUAUCUGUGCACAUCUUCUGCAUCCCUCUGCCCCCACCUCCUCAAAAUUUCCUCGAGACGAACAACCUUGAUGAUGACACAGCAUAUGGGGCUCCUGGUAUCGACGAUACUUAUUUCCAGAGCAUGCACGACAUCGAUCUGGACACAGAUACCAGCCUGGAGCAGGAUAACAGCGAGGAUUAUUAUGGCGUACCCUACCGGUGCCGCGCUCGCAACCCUCACAAUUUACUUCCUGCCAUCUAUCAAGGCACCGACAUGGACUUGGAUGUGGACAUAGACAUGGACGCGUACACCGUAACUGUGUAUUGCUGCCAUGGGACUCCCGUCGGGUUGCCGUGCCAAGGGUGCACGGUUGCCGAGCAUCAGAAGCAUCUCGACCAAUUUGCCGAUAAUAAUCACGACUUUGAGCCCGGGUUCGAAGAACCUCAAGUGUCGGAGACGGAGCCAUUUGAUGAUUACACUCGUGAACUUGUCAUCGCUUGGAACCGUGCUUGUCCUGGACUUCGCACUGUUCAGCUGCACCCGGGGUGGGUGUGGCGACGCGCGGACCCUGCUGACUCCUGGGUUGCGAGGCAGUGCGAAUCAGGCAUUUUUGGCGACGUUUUCGAGUCGCCACCUUGCCACGCGAGGUCACUCGCAGAUAUCAUAAAAAAUGCUGAAUCAAAAGCACGUGACACUGGAUAUCAAUAACCCUGUCCCCACCGACAAUAUUCACGGUGACGUGACUAGGAGAUUAUUAGUUCGCAAUGCGUUGGGGCAGAAUUGGCAAUCAAGACGAAAAGGGUAUAGAGAAUGAAGGAAUGAAAAUAGGGAAACAUGUCGAACUUGGCGUCUAAGUAUUUCGGUGUUGACAUGGCUAUUCACCAUGUCAUGGCGUGUAACUCGUCGUAAAUAUGGUAGGUUAUACUUGUUAUAUGUAGGUUAAUUGUUGAUGUUCUGCGUAUGAUCCAUUCAUCUAUACGUCUACUGUAUUGGUUAUUUCAUUUUGUUUAAUUCUAGCUCCUUACUACAUGCCUUGCGUUGGAA